ACGGUCGAUUUUGUGUAGCAACGGUCGUCUGAGCGAGCCUGGCAGCAAGCACCCAACGGGAGAGGAGUUCUGCCAGGCCUUGUCCGGAGCAGCAGCAGGUCAGGAUAAGGAUUCGAAUCGUAGUAGCCGUUACAGAUCGCCCUCCACCGAAUCUCCUCCGCCAAAUUCCGUUCCAGAUCUCACGCUUCGUUCCCAAAUCUAACGCGAGAGCGCCGCGCCCGAACGACGGCUCCUCCUGAGAAGGGAAGGGCUUCUCGCUAUGUCGACGUCGGCGGCGAGGUCCCCGUCCCCGGGGCCGGCGGCGAGGCCGUGCUGCGGCCUGAGGCGGAGCACCGACUCCAGCCCCUUCAGGCCCAUCGUCUCCACUCCGGAUUCUCCGCAGAGGAGUUCCUCCGUCUGCAAGACCGGCGGCGGCGGGCGCGCCUCCUCGCGGGCGUGGUGCGCGGAGAAGGAGAACGACAACCAGCGGGACGGGGCGAAGACGCCCAAGGCCCGAUCCAUCGCUGGAGGCGGCGUCGGCGUCGCUAAGAGCUUCAUGGCGCCGACCAUCUCGGCCUCCUCCAAGGCCGUCGCGGCGUCCGCCUCGCCGAGAAAGAAAGUGCUCGGGGAGCGCAACAACGACGACCUGCCGCAGCAGCUCCAGGGCGAGAUUGCGCACAACAAACCCAGGGAUGCGCCGACGCCGGUGCCCGAGGCGCAGGAGGAGGAGAGGGUGGAGAACCCCGCGUGUAAAAUCCACCACCACCAACACCAGGCGGCCCGCGAUGCUGCUGCCUCGGCGGACGCGGAUCCGGCAGCUCCGUACGAUCCCAAGACGAACUACCUCUCGCCGAGGCCUCGGUUCCUGCGCUACAAGCCCAAGCCCCGGGUCGAGCAGUACCGGCAAGGCGGUGCCAGCGUGAGGCGGCUCGAGGACGGCUUCGUCUCCGAGAGCAGCGAGGAAUCCGACACCGUCACCACCACGGAGGAAGAUGGGCUAACCGAGGAAGAGCAGGAGCAGCUGCCGUCGUCGGUGCCAAAUGAUUUCCCGGAGGAGUCGUUGGCUCUGGACGCUAUGUCUGAGGCCAGAGCUGAGCCAGCUGCUCCGGCCGUGGCUUGCGUCCUGUCGCCGCAGCCCACACCGUUUUCUCCACUGGCUCGGGUGCUGACACCGGAACUGGAGGAGCCUUCGCCGACUUCCCCACGAGCUCGCGUACCGACACCUGAGCCGGAGCCUGCAGCAAGCCCAGCGCGUGCUCGUGCCAAGAAGAAGAUGAGAUCUUCACUGAGGUUCCUGAUUGCUUCUCCCCUUGCUUUGGUUCUGUUCAUGACAACAGCGUUCGUCUGCGUGCCACCGUCGCCUGGUUCCCCGGUCAUACUAAACACCUCCCUGUCGAAGGUGUCAGACUUUCUUUCAGUUCAAGAAUUGCAUCCUGUGGAGUUGGCUGCUUGGCUGAAGCAAUGGUCAAGCAGCUCGUUGGAUUUUGUCGCGUCCUACUGGAAGGCUCUUGCUUCUUCCCAAGAAGAAGAGUGCUUUGGUCCGCACUUUGCAGCCAAUUUGAGUGCUGCAGCUGCAGACCAUGGUAUCGGUUUCUAUUACAGUGCAGCUGAAACAAGGCCAAUGCCAACUGAACAAGAACCCAUCAGUGCCAGUGUCUUGGAGCAAGAGUUUGAGAUUCUGGAGGUUGUUUCAGCGAGUGAUACUGAUGUGAUUGCAGAGUCAGAUGUAGAAGAAAUGGCAAACUUUGGUGAUGCUGCAGUCGAAGAACCCAUUGAUGAUGCUGAAAUGGAUGAGGAAGCCAUAUCUGCAAUACCAAGUUUCAUAGAGGAGGCAAAUGAGUAUGUUGAUGCAGAAGUAGAGGAGGAAAUUGAUGCUGAGAUGUCAGAAGAAGUCCCAGGCAGCAUUGGAGAAGAGAUGGCAUCACAUACUCUGAAUUUGGACAUCCCUUCUCAAUCUGCGCCCGAGCCAGAACAUGUAGAGGACAUGGACGAGUCUUCCUUGCAGAAAAAUGUUCAGACUGACGAGUCCGAGGGUGAUCGUGCUGAUGGCAAGGAGGAUCAGGAAUCGCAUCACGGUCUGAAAUUGGGAUCAAAUAUGUGGCCAUAUUACUUGGACGAAAUCUCAAAUCCUGCUGCAAUUGGAGCUGCUCUUGCUGCCAUUAUUGUUCCUGCUGCUCUGGCCUUCCUUUACAUGAGGCAGAAGCAAGCUCGCGUUGAAUUGAAUUCCAAUGAACCAGCUGAGCAAGUCGAGCAAGUUGAAACUCAAUCUGGUUCGGGGAGCAGUGAGGGGCAUGUUUUUGUGAAGGACUCACAGUCCCCGUAUCCUAUGAUAGAAGAAACUGAGAGAUUUGGUGAUUCUGGUGCCUCACAGUAUAGCAGCAGCUUGUCGUCUGGACUAGACAGGAGGAGGAACGACAAGGGGGAGGAGAGUUUGAACCCUGAGCCAAUGUCAAGGAGGGAUUCCAUGGCGUAUUCCACAUCAUCAUAUGGUAGUUUCACCACAUAUGAAAAGAUCUCUGCCAAGAAAAAAAACAAGGAGGAUGAGGCGAUAACCCCAGUCCGACGUUCCAGCAGGUUGAGGAAUCAAGUUAAAUCACCAGAAGCCUAAGAUGGGCUGCUAAUCCUCUGAACUACUUUCUAGAGGAUCUAACUCUUAGAUUAGCAAGCGCACUUGCCACUUCUGCUGCUGCUCAAUUUCAUGGACAUGUCUAGUCCCUUGGUAUUCGACAGAUGUAAGACGCUAUAAACAGCUUUCUGCUGUUUUUGUUUCUUCAAAAACGAUUAGGACUUGUGUGUUUAGUUCGUAAUUGAUUGUUGACUUGCUUGUUCUUCUGUUCACUAAUUGAGUCUUCCUUUUUGAUGUUUCUUACUUGAUUGGUGUUUACAACAUGGAUGCUGGUUCGUUGUAGUACUGGUCAUAUUUUUACAGUCAAAUUGUCAAAAGUUUUUUUAGGAGGCUGCUUGGGUUGGACAAAACACAAGGAUGGCUUCAUGGUGAUAAAAUAAUUGCUCGUGUAAC